CAAGGGCUUAUGGGACUUUUAGUUCUCCGCGGAGGACCGUUGACUUGAUACUACCGCGAAGAACAAAACAAGAGAAUUAACACUGAAAAUAAGACGCCAGUGUCGGCUUCAGAAUAACUACGACGCCUGAGUGGGAACAAAUUCAGGUGAACCGAGUCGUCGUGCAAAGAGGAAGGGCUUACGUUGGCUAAAAAAUAAACAGGAAGUUGUUAGCGUUGUGGGACGUGUAGUUCCGCUUGCAGGCCGCUGAGCUUGAUAACAACGCAUAGACUCAAGAAACAACAAUAAAAUAACGCAAACUUGAGCCAAACACCGUGCUUCACCCUCGGCGUUGACGCAAACAUGCCCGGGUUCACCUGCUGUGUCCCUGGCUGCUACAACAACUCGCACCGGGACCGGGACCUGCGCUUCUACACCUUUCCUAAGGACACCACGCUGAGGGAGAUGUGGCUCAGGAACAUCUCCCGAGCCGGGGUCAGCGGCUGCUUCAGCACCUUCCAGCCCACCACGGGACACCGCGUCUGCAGCGUCCAUUUCGCCGGCGGCAGGAAGACCUACAGCAUCCGAGUACCGUCCCUGUUCCCGCUGCGAGGGGUCAACGAGCGCAGGAGUCGGCGCGGCAGGGGCAGGAAAGUGUCCGCGGCGGUGCCUGCCCCCGCCGCCGCGGCGACCUCCGGGAUUGUCAUCACCAGCGUCCUGGGCAGCACCGCGGAGGGAGUCGAGGGCAUUACCGGCGGCGAGGCGAGCGACGACACCAUCACCGUGGUGCAAAUAGGCCAGAACGGGGAGUACCUGGGCACGGCGCGCCUGCCCUUCCAGUCCGAGGGGACGUGCAACACGGCGCCGAUCGGCAGCGCCGACGAGCUCACCCCCGACGACUCGCCGGCGGAGACCGUGCACCAGCCGUCCGUGCAGUACGUCAGCGUGACCAGCAGCCCGCUGGACCACUCGUACUCUCUAACCACCGGCACCACGUCCGCCGAGCUGCUGCGGAAGCUGAACGAGCAGCGGGACAUCAUCGCGUUGAUGGAGGUGAAGAUGACGGAGAUGAAGGCGACCAUCCGCCAGCUGCGGGUGGCCGAGGCCAAGCUGCAGGAGGAGGUGCGGGAGCGGGACCGGCUGCUGUGCGGCAACUCGGUGGCCGCGAGCGUCCGGAAGAAAGUCUGAUGGCUGAACAUCACCGGAGCAGACCCGUUACAGACUUAGACUGACGCGUACGGCACGGCGGGGAUUACAAAGAGCAGAUCCAGCCCUAUUUUGUAUAAAACGAGGAGCGAUGACAAUUUAUUUUCGACAAGUAGAGCUGAUCUUUCAUAGGCGUUGGUAUAAAAAAAGUUGUCCGGCUAGUUAAUGUAGCUGAUAGUAACAAUAUCAUUGCUAAUCACUUAGAAACAUGCGCAGUUCAAUACUAUCCUGCAACCAGUGAAGGUCAAUAACACAUUUUAUUCAUCUAACAAGAGACUUGACCUAAAAGCUACAACACGGGCUCACAUAUUUAUAAACUGACUGAUGGAGGACAUCCUACGUUUGUCUCUUGACAGUUUGUAUUUCCUUACUUUUGAAAUAAAAGCAGGCACCUCACAGGAGGCUGAGGAGGGAACGUUUGCCAAGAUGAAGUAUCUAUUAAAAGCAGAACACUAUUCUUGGCAGGUGAAAUAAAACUCUACCGUGACUGUAUCUGAGCUGCCUUUAAAGGUCCUUUAAGUCGUUUUUUUUAUUUUUGUUGCUAAAUAUCGUGCAGUGAAAAAAGACUUGAAGGAAUUCCUUAAUACCAUAAAUGCUCCUGAAAUGAAAUCUUAUUAAAGGAUGUUUCUUAUAACAUGCA